ACAUUUUCAAAAGUGAUUCUAUCCAAAUCGAGCUGACCCAAGCGAUCGCCGGACUCCAGGAGAACCUCCCGCGCUUGCAAGAGAUCCUACACCACCAGUUAGCCCCCAUCGUCGGACGGACCUUCGCCAAAACUUCAAUUCGCAAGUUUACAACGGUGUACGUGGAACGUCUGCUGCAGGAGAUGAGCAUAUUUGUCGCGCGUUCCGGGAAGGGGACGAAGGCGGUGUCAUUGAUGGAGAUCGGGGGCAGAUGUCGGCUUGCAGCGUUGUGCCAUACACUUUUUGGCGCGUCGUUCACCGAUGAUAUCUACGACGACAUGAACUGUUUGGACGAGAGCAUUUACUCGAGACUGCACAUGGUUCCAUUCAACUGGCGACGGUCCGCAGAGGCGCGCAAGCGCCUCAUCAUUCGAUUCAGUACGUAUAUCGCUCAGGCGGAGGAAGGCAUCGCAUUGGGGGAUCUCAUGACGAGUGCAAUCGACAUCUUCAGAGCAAACAAGCUUGGGCCGGGAGAAAAGGCCGGGGUGUUGCUUGUCUUCCUCUGGGGGAUGUACGCGAAUACGACGCACAUGACCUUUUGGGCACUGACAGAAAUUCUCGCGGACGAGAAACUCGCCGCACAACUGCGUGCAGAGAUUGAUGAUGUGCUACACACGCACGGGGAUAUCGGGAGGGGCGACGCUCCUUGUGUCACUGACCUUCCUGCUUUGCUUCGCGCGGACGCACACGCGCUCGAUGGGCCCGGUCUCUCACUGCUCGACUCGGUCAUCCAGGAGACGAUACGAUUGAGGGUAAUAGCAACUCCUUCACGGCUGGUAUCAUGUGAUACAGAAUUGGUCGUGGACGCGGGAGCGGGUCGACGAGUGAUGGUACGCAAGGGGGAAUAUGUGAUGGCACAUCUGAUGGGCACGCAUUGGGAUGCGCGAUGGUACGAACAGCCGGACAGGUUUGUGCCGGACAGGUUUGUCGCGGGCAGGUAUGCGAGCGGAGUGGAAAGGGUUGAUGGCGACAACUCGACACGGCAAAAGCGAACCAAACUGCCGUUCUUUGGUUGGGGAGGCGGACGUGACAUUUGCAAGGGACGGCACCUUGCCGCCUACGAGAUGAAGCUCCUCAUCGCGCUCUGCGUGCACCACCUACACAUCUCGCACGCGGACUCUGGUAAACAUGAGUUCGGCCCCAGUUUGACGGACCCGUUGCCCCCCAGGGCGAAAAAACAAAGUGUCGGUGUUCAGCAGGCAGAACAUGAUGUGAUGGUGCGGCUGAACUUGGUAGGGGGAGGAAACUGAGCUGUUCAUGGUAUGUACCUAGGAUAGGUGUCGACAUGUAAAAUAGCUAUUGCCGGAAUGUUCAAUAGACGUACCUACAACCGAGAAAGUGCAUGGAAGGCUGAGCAUCAUUCCAAAUGGCUCUCUUCCAGAAAACGAGGCUGUAAGGUUGUUCCAAGAACGAGGC